AUGGGUUCCGACGCGCCCAAGAAGCAACUCAUUCUCAAUGCCUUCGCCAUGCAAUCGCCCUCGCACCUGAACCCGGGCUUGCACCGCUAUCCUGGCGACCAAGGACACAACUACAAGUCACUGCAAAACUGGGUUAGUAUAGCACAAAAGCUCGAGGCUGCCAAAUUUCAUGCCAUCUUCUUCGCCGACGUCCUGGGCGGAUACGACGUCUACAAGGGGCCUGCAAACCUGGACCCGACGAUUCCCGCGGGCGCGCAAUUCCCGAUCAACGAUCCACUGUACAGUAUCCCGGCCAUGGCCGCAGCCACCCAGAGCAUCGGGUUCGGGGUGACCGCAUCGACGACCUACGACGCGCCGUACGCGUUGGCGCGACGAUUCUCGACGGUCGACCAUCUGAGCAAGGGCCGCGUGGGGUGGAACAUCGUCACAUCGUACUUGGACUCAGCAGCGCGGAAUUUCGGGUUGAACACGCAGGUGGAACAUGACGAGCGGUAUCGAAUUGCCGACGAAUACCUCGACGUCACCUACAAGUUGUGGGAAGCAUCCUGGCGCGACGACGCCGUGAAUGUUCGCGACGGUGUGGUCGGAUACGCCGACCCCAAAGCCGUUCGCCAGAUCAACCACAAGGGAAAAUACUUCGAGGUGCCGGGUCCGCAUCUCUGCGAGCCCAGUCCUCAGCGCACGCCGUUCUUGCUACAGGCGGGCACCUCGACGGCGGGGAAAGCUUUUGCCGCGAAGCAUGCAGAAGCGAUCUUCCUGAACGGACAGAAACCGGAGCUGGUACGGCCGUCGGUGGAUGCUGUGCGACAGCAGGCGAAGGAUCUGGGUCGUGAUCCGUCCGCCAUCAAGGUGGUCGCCGGACUGUUGGUGCUCGUGGCCGAAACGGACGAAGCAGCCUAUACCAAGUUCGCGGAGCUCGCGAAAUACGGCGAUCGCGAGGGCGCGCUUGCUCUCUUCGGUGGCUGGUCAGGGUACGAUCUCUCGAAGUGGGAUGACGAUCAGGACUUCCGUUUCGUGGAGCAGCCCGCGGUUCGCAGCAUGGUCAACCACUGGGCCAGCACGGUGCCGGGCACGGAGGGGAAGAAAUGGGACAAGAAGACUAUCGCAGAGUAUCUCAUCAUGGGAGGCAACGGAGCCAAGAUCAUCGGGAGUGCCACGACGGUGGCGGAUGAACUGGAACGCUGGGUGGAAGUAGCAGAUGUCGAUGGCUUCAACCUGAGCUAUGCCAGUGUACCGGAUACGUUUGACGAUAUCAUCAAGUAUCUCGUCCCCGAACUGCAGAAGCGGGGCAUCUUCCACUCCGACUACUCAGUGCCUGGAGGGACUUUCCGUGAGAACAUGUAUGAGACCAAGGGUCAUGCGAGAUUGCCCGAGUCGCAUCCUGGAGCGAAGUAUUUCUGGAAACAAGGCGAGGAACGGCCGAAGUAUGCGGCGGAGGAAUGA